CACCGUAGCGAAACGCAUGGCCCGCAGCGAUCAUGUUGAAGGUGACAGGUGGCGCAAUGCCGGCAGCUGCGACUUUAUUGCCGACCCCCGUGUUCGCCGCCGGUCCCGGUGCCGGGGACACGGACACCCCGGCCCCUUUGCUCCGGGACGAGCUGAGCCUGUACGGCGCCCCGCGGCCGGAGCCUCCGCACGUGGAGCCCGAAGCCGGUCAGCUGGAGCAGCGAGUCGCCGCCGUCCGGAGGUUGACGGAGCCGUACGCCGGGUGGUGCCGGGCCACCUAUGACGUCAUUAAACCCAGAGUUCAAAGCGCCGUCAGGUGCGGGAGCGACGCCCGCGCCUACCUGAAGGACCCGCCGAAGGACUUCUACCCGCGGGCGGGGGUCAUCUGCUUCACCGGCGUCCUGGGGCUGUUUCUCGCCAGAGGCUCCCGGGCGAAGAGGCUCGUGUACCCGGCGGCCCUGAUGACCGUGAGCGCCUCCCUCUACUACCCGGAGCGGGCGGCGGCCGUGGCCAAGUGCACCGGGGACUCCGUGUACGACCGGGCGGUGCGGAGCUACGCCGCCCUGGAGAGGAUGGUGAAGCCCCGAGGCGAAGCCGAAGGAGGCACCGACUCAGAGCAUAGACCCGGAGGAGGAUAAGUGUGACACAACAACAACAACCACCACCAAAUAAAUCUGCUUUUUGUUGACACGUGCUACCUAGGCAGGCUGUAAUCUAAUGUGACCUCGUGCCCACUCUCUUGCACUAAUAAGCAUGUAACUCAGGCCGGGCAUGGCCCGUCACAAGGGCUAUAAGAUCUGAAUGUAUAUUUAUGUAGAGAAUUAAUUAAAACAUUUUAAAAAGC